GCCUGCGCGCCCUCGCGCUGGAGGCCGCGUGGAGCGCAGCCCCGGGCGCUGAGCCCAGGGCCCGAGGCUCGGGCUCCGUCCGGGAGUGCGCCGUGCCCAGCUAGCCUCGUUCCCCUCUCUGUGGGUAGGGAUGGUUGAGUCCAGCAGCCACGGCAGCGGCUCCCGGUGCCGCUAGCAGCCUGUCUUCUGCGCUCUCCGCCUUGGCCUCCGCAGACUGGCUCUCUCCUCCCCCGGCGCCCCUCCCGCGUCUCCCACUCGCUGGCUCUCCCUCCAGCUGCCUCCUCUCCAGGUCUCUCCCGGCUGCGCGCGCUCCUCCGCGCGCCUCGCCCCUCCCGCAGCCUCGCCGCCUUGGUGCCUUCCUGCCCGGCUCGGCCGGCGCUCCUCCCCGGCCCCGGCCCCGGCCCGGCAGCCCGGGCGUCCGCGCUCGCUCGGAGCCGCUCGCCAGCCCUGCAGUGGCUCGGGACCGAUGCUAUGAGAGGGAGGCGAGCCGGGCGUCCAGACCUGCAGGAGGCGUCGGACGCGCGGCCGGUCUCGGGACCGAGGUCUCUCCGGCUCGCUUUGCCCGAGGGUGAAUAUUUGGCUCUGCUCGCAGCCCUCCCGUUCCCCGGAGGAUUCGGGCACAUCUGAGAAGCGGCCCCGGCGGCGUGUGCGUGUGGAAUAGCUGCAGACAUGACUGCGUGGAGGAGACGCGAGUCGCUGUUCCUGCUCCUGUUGCCCGCGGCUCUGUGCGCCGGGCUCGUCACUGCAGCGGACGGUCAGAACUGUGGAGGCUUAGUCCAGGGUCCCAACGGCACCAUCGAGAGCCCCGGGUUUCCUCACGGCUACCCCAACUAUGCUAACUGCACCUGGAUUAUUAUCACAGGGGAGCGCAACAGGAUACAGCUGUCAUUUCACACGUUUGCUCUUGAAGAGGAUUUCGACAUUUUAUCGGUUUAUGACGGGCAGCCUCAACAAGGAAAUUUAAAAGUGAGAUUAUCAGGAUUCCAGCUCCCCUCCUCUCUAGUGAGCACGGGAUCUAUCCUCACUCUGUGGUUCACUACCGACUUUGCGGUGAGCGCCCAGGGAUUCAAAGCACUGUAUGAAGUUUUACCAAGUCACACGUGUGGAAACCCUGGGGAGAUACUGAAAGGAGUCCUGCAUGGAACACGAUUCAACAUAGGAGACAAAAUCCGAUACAGCUGUCUCUCGGGCUACAUCCUGGAAGGCCACGCCGUCCUGACCUGCAUUGUCAGCCCCGGCAAUGGCGCGUCCUGGGACUUCCCGGCCCCCUUCUGCAGAGCUGAAGGGGCCUGUGGAGGAACCUUGCGGGGAACAGGCAGCUCCAUUUCCAGCCCUCACUUCCCUUCGGAGUACGAAAACAACGCUGACUGUACGUGGACCAUUCUUGCGGAGCCGGGGGACACCAUCGCUUUGGUCUUCACUGAUUUCCAGCUGGAGGAAGGCUACGACUUCUUGGAGAUCAGUGGGACGGAAGCACCGUCCAUAUGGCUCACUGGCAUGAACCUUCCUUCUCCUGUUAUCAGUAGCAAGAACUGGCUACGGCUGCAUUUCACGUCUGACAGCAAUCAUCGACGCAAAGGGUUCAAUGCUCAGUUUCAAGUGAAAAAGGCAAUUGAGCUGAAGUCAAGAGGAGUGAAGAUGCUUCCCAGCAAGGAAAGCAGCCACAAGAACGCUGUGUUGAGUCAAGGAGGUGUUGCAAUGGUUUCUGACAUGUGUCCAGACCCUGGGACUCCAGAAAAUGGCAGAAGAGCGGGCUCUGACUUCAGGGUUGGUGCAAGUGUGCAGUUCUCCUGUGAGGACAAUUAUGUGCUCCAGGGUUCUAAGAGUAUCACAUGCCAGAGAGUCACAGAGACGCUGGCUGCCUGGAGUGACCACAGGCCGAUCUGCAGAGCCAGAACGUGUGGAUCAAAUUUGCGUGGGCCCAGUGGUGUCAUCACCUCCCCUAAUUACCCGGUGCAGUAUGAAGACAAUGCUCAUUGUGUGUGGGUCAUCACGACAACUGAUCCUGACAAGGUCAUCAAGCUCGCUUUUGAAGAGUUUGAGCUGGAAAGAGGGUAUGACACGCUGACAGUAGGGGACGGUGGGAAAGUGGGAGACACCAGAUCCGUCUUGUAUGUACUCACAGGGUCCAGUGUUCCUGACCUCAUUGUGAGCAUGAGCAGCCAGAUGUGGCUGCACCUGCAGUCGGAUGACAGCAUUGGCUCUCCUGGAUUCAAAGCUGUUUACCAAGAAAUUGACAAGGGAGGAUGUGGGGACCCUGGAAUCCCUGCCUAUGGGAAGCGGACAGGCAGCAGCUUCCUCCAUGGAGACACGCUCACCUUCGAGUGCCAGGCAGCCUUUGAGUUGGUGGGGGAGAGAGUCAUCACCUGUCAGCAGAACAACCAGUGGUCCGGCAACAAGCCCAGCUGUGUGUUUUCUUGUUUCUUCAACUUUACGGCAUCAUCCGGCAUUAUUCUCUCACCAAAUUAUCCUGAGGAAUACGGUAACAACAUGAACUGUGUGUGGCUGAUCAUCUCUGAGCCAGGGAGUAGGAUCCACCUCAUCUUCAACGAUUUUGACGUGGAGCCUCAGUUUGACUUCCUGGCGGUCAAGGAUGACGGCAUCUCUGACAUCACCGUCCUUGGGACGUUUUCUGGCAAUGAAGUGCCUGCCCAGCUGGCCAGCAGCGGGCACAUUGUGCGCUUGGAGUUCCAGUCCGACCACUCGACCACAGGCAGAGGGUUCAACAUCACGUACACCACUUUUGGUCAGAAUGAGUGCCAUGACCCUGGCAUCCCUAUUAAUGGACGGCGUUUUGGCGACAGGUUCCUGCUUGGCAGCUCUGUCUCCUUCCACUGUGACGACGGCUUUGUCAAAACGCAGGGCUCUGAGUCCAUCACCUGCAUCCUGCAGGACGGGAACGUGGUCUGGAGCUCCGCGGUGCCGCGCUGUGAAGCCCCCUGUGGAGGACACCUGACAGCUGCCAGUGGAGUGAUUUUGCCUCCGGGAUGGCCGGGAUAUUACAAAGACUCUCUAAAUUGUGAAUGGAUCAUUGAAGCCAAACCAGGGCACUCUAUCAAAAUCACUUUUGACCGGUUCCAGACGGAAGUCAACUACGACACCCUGGAGGUGCGUGAUGGGCCGGCAGGGUCGUCACCGUUGAUCGGCGAGUACCAUGGCACGCAGGCGCCACAGUUCCUCAUCAGCACCGGCAACUUCAUGUACCUGCUCUUCACCACCGACAACAGCCGCUCCAGCGUGGGCUUCCUCAUCCACUACGAGAGUGUGACUCUCGAGUCGGACUCUUGCCUGGACCCAGGCAUCCCCGUAAACGGUCACCGGCACGGCAGCAACUUCGGCAUCAGGUCCACAGUGACGUUCAGCUGCGACCCAGGGUACACGCUGAGUGACGACGAGCCCCUGGUCUGUGACCGCAGCCACCAGUGGAACCACGCGCUACCCAGCUGUGAUGCCCUGUGUGGAGGCUAUAUCCACGGGAGGAGCGGGACAGUCCUUUCUCCUGGCUUUCCUGAUUUUUAUCCCAAUUCCCUCAACUGCACAUGGACCAUUGAAGUGCCUCACGGGAAGGGGGUGCAGAUGAUCUUUCACACUUUCCACCUUGAGAGUUCCCACGACUAUUUACUGAUCACGGAGGAUGGAAGCUUUUCCGAGCCGGUCGCCAGGCUCACUGGGUCGGUUCUGCCUCACACUAUUAAGGCAGGUCUGUUUGGAAACUUCACUGCCCAGCUCCGGUUCAUAUCAGACUUUUCAAUUUCCUACGAAGGCUUCAAUAUUACAUUUUCAGAAUACGACCUGGAGCCGUGUGACGACCCAGGAGUGCCUGCCUUCAGCCGGAGGAUUGGUUUCCACUUUGGAGUGGGAGAUGUGCUGACGUUUGCCUGCUUCCCGGGAUACCGCUUAGAAGGUGCAACCAAGCUUACGUGCCUGGGUGGGGGCCGCCGUGUGUGGAGUGCACCUCUGCCAAGGUGUGUGGCUGAAUGUGGAGCAAGUGUCAAAGGAAAUGAGGGAACAUUACUGUCUCCAAAUUUCCCAUCAAACUACGACAAUAACCACGAAUGCAUCUAUAAAAUAGAGACAGAAGCAGGCAAGGGGAUUCAUCUCAGGGCUCGAAGCUUCCAGCUCUUUGAAGGAGAUAUUCUAAAGGUUUACGAUGGAAAAGACAGCUCGUCUCGGCCACUGGGUGCCUUCACCAAGAGUGAGCUCCUGGGCCUGACCCUCAACAGCACCUCCAAUCACCUGUGGCUGGAGUUCAACACCAAUGGCUCAGACACCGACCAGGGCUUCCAGCUCACCUAUACGAGUUUUGAUCUCGUAAAGUGUGAGGACCCUGGCGUCCCUAAUUAUGGCUACAGGAUCCGUGAUGAAGGCCACUUUACUGACACCGUGGUCUUGUACAGUUGUAACCCAGGUUACGCCAUGCACGGCAGCAACACCUUGACCUGUCUGAGCGGAGACCGGAGAGUGUGGGACAAGCCAUUGCCUUCUUGCCUUGCGGAAUGCGGCGGUCAGAUCCACGCGGCCACAUCGGGACGAAUCCUGUCCCCCGGCUACCCAGCUCCUUACGACAACAACCUGCACUGCACGUGGGUCAUAGAGGCAGACCCUGGCAAGACCAUCAGCCUGCACUUCAUCGUCUUUGACACCGAGAUGGCACACGACAUCCUCAAGGUCUGGGACGGCCCCGUGGACAGCAACAUCCUGCUGAAGGAGUGGAGCGGCUCGGCCCUCCCCGGCGACAUCCACAGCACCUUCAACUCCCUCACCCUGCAGUUCGACAGCGACUUCUUCAUCAGCAAGUCCGGCUUCUCCAUCCAGUUCUCAACAACAGUCGCAUCCACCUGCAACGACCCAGGAAUGCCCCAGAAUGGCACCCGCUACGGAGACAGCCGGGAGCCGGGCGACACCCUCACCUUCCAGUGCGAUCCAGGGUACCAGCUCCAAGGACAAGCCAAAGUCACCUGUGUGCAGCAGAACAACAGGUUCUUCUGGCAACCGGACCCUCCCACCUGCAUAGCUGCAUGCGGCGGGAACCUGACUGGCCCCGGAGGUGUCAUUUUGUCACCCAACUACCCUCAGCCCUACCCUCCUGGGAAAGAAUGUGACUGGAGAAUAAAUGUGAACCCGGACUUUGUCAUCGCCCUGAUAUUCAAAAGCUUCAACAUGGAGCCCAGCUAUGACUUCCUCCACAUCUACGAGGGGGCCGACUCCAACAGCCCCCUCAUCGGGAGUUUCCAGGGCUCGCAGGCCCCUGACAGAAUCGAGAGCAGUGGGAACAGUCUUUUCCUGGCGUUUCGGAGUGACGCCUCCGUGGGCUUGUCGGGCUUCGCCAUUGAGUUCAAAGAGAAACCCCGGGAAGCUUGCUUUGACCCUGGAAAUAUAAUGAACGGGACGAGAAUUGGAACCGACUUCAAACUGGGCUCGACCGUUACUUACCAGUGUGACUCUGGCUACAAGAUUGUUGACCCCUCGUCCAUCACGUGUGUGAUCGGAGCGGAUGGAAAACCCGCCUGGGACCGCGUGCUGCCCUCCUGCAGUGCUCCCUGUGGAGGCCAGUACACAGGAUCAGAAGGGGUAGUUCUGUCUCCAAACUACCCUCAUAAUUACACAGCUGGCCAAAUAUGCCUUUAUUCCAUAACUGUACCAAAGGAAUUUGUGGUGUUUGGACAGUUUGCCUACUUCCAGACAGCCCUCAACGACCUGGCUGAGCUGUUUGACGGAACUCAUCCGCAGGCCAGGCUGCUCAGCUCCCUCUCCGGCUCUCACUCCGGUGAAACGCUGCCGUUGGCAACAUCAAAUCAAAUUCUGCUGCGAUUCAGCGCCAAGAGUGGGGCAUCUGCGCGGGGCUUCCACUUCGUUUACCAAGCCGUGCCUCGUACCAGCGACACCCAGUGCAGCUCUGUCCCCGAGCCCAGAUACGGAAGGAGAAUUGGUUCUGAGUUUUCGGCUGGUUCUGUCGUCCGAUUUGAGUGCAACCCGGGAUACCUCCUUCAGGGCUCCACGGCCGUCCGCUGCCAGUCUGUGCCCAACGCCCUGGCCCAGUGGAAUGACACCAUCCCGAGCUGCGUGGUCCCCUGCAGCGGCAACUUCACACAGCGGAGAGGCACAAUCCUGUCCCCUGGCUACCCGGAGCCCUACGGGAACAACCUCAACUGCGUCUGGAAGAUCAUAGUUACGGAGGGAUCGGGGAUCCAGAUUCAGGUGAUCAGCUUUGCCACGGAGCAGAACUGGGACUCCCUGGAGAUCCACGACGGCGGAGACGCGACCGCACCGAGGCUGGGGAGUUUCUCCGGCAGCACCGUGCCAGCCCUGCUGAACAGCACGUCCAACCAGCUCUACCUGCACUUCCAGUCCGACAUCAGUGUGGCCGCCGCGGGCUUCCGGCUGGAAUACAAAACUGUGGGUCUCGCCGCGUGCCAGGAACCCGCCCUGCCCAGCAACGGCAUCCAGAUAGGCGACCGCUACAUGGUGAAUGACGUGCUCUCCUUCCAGUGCGAGCCCGGGUACACCUUGCAGGGCCGCUCUCACAUUUCCUGUAUGCCGGGAACUGUCCGUCGCUGGAACUACCCCUCACCGCUCUGCAUCGCCACCUGCGGAGGGACCUUGCACAGCACCGGCGGAGUGGUCCUGAGCCCAGGCUUCCCAGGCGCUUACCCCAACAACCUGGACUGCACUUGGAAGAUCGCCCUGCCCAUCGGCUACGGCGCACAUAUUCAAUUUCUGAACUUCUCUACGGAAGCAAAUCAUGACUACCUUGAAAUUCAGAAUGGACCUUACCACACCAGCCCAAUGAUCGGGCAGUUCAGCGGCACAGACCUGCCCGGCGCCCUGCUGAGCACCACGCACGAGACCCUCAUCCACUUCUACAGCGACCACUCCCAAAACCGGCAAGGGUUUAAGCUCACGUACCAAGCCUACGAGUUACAGAACUGCCCCGACCCGCCCCCAUUUCAGAACGGGUACAUGAUCAACUCGGACUACAGCGUGGGCCAGUCCAUAUCUUUUGAGUGCUAUCCCGGGUACAUUCUCAUCGGGCACCCUGUCCUCACGUGUGAGCACGGGAUCAACAGGAACUGGAACCACCCGUUCCCAAGAUGUGAUG